AUGGGUUGGGUUGACCAUGUCCCGCGAGCCGGCAAUAUCUAUAUCGGAGGGCUUCAUGCAUUAUACCAGAAGCCGGAUCUGUUCGAACGAGCAAAGAUCACCCAUAUACUGUCAGUUCUGGAUUUCGACAUCUACGAGGCAGGACAUUUCAAAGAGUACACACAUUUGAUGAUUAGAAUCGACGACGACCCUAACCAGAAUCUGCUGCAACACUUUGAGCAAACGAAUGCUUUUAUCGAAUCAGCAUUAAGCAGUGGAGGCGCAGUUUUUGUGCACUGUGCAAUGGGCAAGUCACGCUCAGCGACUGUUGUCUGCGCCUACCUUAUGUCGAAAUAUAAUUUGACCCCCGGUAAAGCCUUGGAACAGGUCUGCGAAGGUCGGCCAGUAUGCUCGCCUAAUCCAGGCUUCAUGUCUCAGCUGGAGGUGUACAGCCGGAUGCUCAAGGCUGGCAGCCGGGAGGAGUCCGCGGCGAUCUACCGCGAGUGGCUGAGGGACGGCUUUAAGGGCGAUCCGUGGGUGUGGGACAAGCGUGGCAGGGAGGUCAAGCUUUAA